AUGAAAGACGAUGACGACAUAGCACCCUCUUCCCUUAGUCACUCUCCUAAGCGGCGUGGAUUCGUAGACAUCGAUGAAGGCAGCAUCAGCGCGCAGUCACACUCUGCGCCUGCAUCGCCUGCGAGAGGUAGCGCUCUUGAUCCAGCUUUCGAGCCGACCGCCACGGAAUCCGCCAUAAGGAAAUCCCCUCUCCCUCCACUCUCGCGCUUAUUCCCCUCGCGCUACGCCUCUAUCGCGGACCGGGACUUGUCUGAUUCCCCUCCCUCGUCAUCUUCGCCCUCACGCCGAGACUUCGUGGACAUUGAGGAUCCGGCGUCAUUCGUUGCUUCGCCCAUCGACGGCCGCUCCGAGUUCCAUAGCGCUCAGCCAUCGGAAGGUCAUUCGGUCGAGUCACCUGCAAGACCCACGUCCCGACUCCCUCCGCUAUCACGACUCUUUCCCUCCCGCUAUAGCUCCAUUGCGUCCCGAGAUGAAGACUCGUUCGUCGGCCACUCGUCUUCGCAGACCAACGUUCCUCGGGAGAACCAUGUAUCAUCGCCGCCGGAGUCAUAUCGGAGUGGGAGCAUUUUGAGUGGGGACGAAAGUGGGGCAGGGUAUCAGCUGUUGCAGGCUGUGGGGGAGGGUGCGUUUAGUUCCGUAUGGAAGGGGAGGCGUGUGAGUGGCGGGGAAGGGAAUGAGAAUGGGGAGUUGGUGGCUGUGAAGAUGAUAGCAAAGCAGGCCAAUAAUAUGAGUGCGGACCGUACCCGUGCGAGCUUUGUGCGAGAGGCGGAUAUCCUCCAACGUCUCGCACAUGUGCCACAUCCCUCAUUACCGGUCCUUCACGCCGCCUUCUCGCUGAACACGCACCAUGUCAUUGUUCUGGAGUACAUGGCUGGUGGCGAACUCUUCGACGUCGUGAACUCGGACGAACAGCACUCUAGAUUGACAGGGGGGAUUUUACAAAGGAUAUGGACUGAGCUUGUCAGCGCUGUGGCCUGGAUGCAUUCUCACUGUGUCGUCCAUCGUGACAUCAAGCUCGAGAACAUUCUCUUUACCGCGAAUCCUCUCCUCGAAGAUAUACCCUCUUCUUCAAUACCCGGCCCUCUUAUCAAGCUCACCGACUUUGGUCUCGCACGCGUCAUCGACCCCGCCGAUCCAUGGCUCACUACCCGUUGCGGCUCCGAAUCCUACGCCGCUCCCGAACUCCUCACCGCAGGCUCACACGGCUCAGCUCUGAAGCUCGAAGACGAGGAACCUGUUCCCUUCGGUUUUAACCCUACCGAAGAGGGCGCCGUGAAACCUUCGACUCCAACCAUCGACGCGAACGCCAUUGAACCGAUCACGCCGAGAAGGGCCGGGACGUACGACGGUAGGGAGACGGAUGCCUGGGCUCUGGGCGUUGUCUUGUUUGCGGUCGUGACUAGAAAGCUGCCUUUCGAUCCUGACUCUGUUGAGGCAGUCGUGGCUUCUCGAGGUGGAACUAAGGGGAGUCUGAGGAGAAAGGAGGCACGGAAGGCAUGGAUGAUGAGGAUUGUCAGGGGCGAGUAUGAGUGGCCUGACGAUUCGGAACUAGUCGGUACUUCGGCAUCCAGUACGCAAGGUGUAGAGGAUGAAAAUGAGGGAGACGAAGAACCGAAAGGGACAGAGUUGGCGAUGUUGGAGGGUGUGAGGGACGUGGUUAGGAGGUUGUUGGUUUCGGACCCGACCAAGAGGGCGAGGAUGGCCGAGUUGGCGGAUGAGGAGGUUUCGUGGGGUGGCGCUGUGAGCUCGUAA